UGUGACAGGCGGCCCCGCCCGCGGCGACACCGCGCCGGGACAGCGGCGGGAGGAGGCGGCACCGCCGGGGCGGCUGAGGGGGCUCCAGCCCGGCCCGGCCCGGAGCGACCCGCGCUGAGCCCGGCCCGGCCCCGGCUGCCGCUGCGGCUGCCACAGCCCUCGGCUACAGGGGACAGCCCUCGGCUAGAGGGGACAGCACUCGGCUAGAGGGGACACCCGGGCUGAGAACCGCAGGUGAGUGCUGGGCACCUGCUCCGGAACCGGAGACGUAUUUGCUGCCAGCUGUGCUGCGUUUGAGCUCCGUGUGAUCACCUUCACAGGGCAGAGGAGGUCACUGAUAUCUGGGACCAGGGGACCCACUGGGCAGCUAUGAAGAGUUCUGUGCUCUGAGUGAACAAAGGCACUGUGGGCCUGGAGACACAGAAGUGACUUCCAGAGCAUCCUGUGAGAAGCUCAGCCUGUAGAGUGGAGAACUUGUAAUCUGUUUGUGCUGACCCCGGAAAGCUGAGCAAAGCAUCAUGAGCAGCCAUCAGACAGUAAAAAUCUUCAAGAAAUCCUCUAUCCCAGGAGUUGUUGUCACUCAGUUUGUGAAUGAUGUUCCACCAGGAUGCAGUACACCUGAUUUUGAGAAGAAACCACUCACUCUGACACUGCAGGAAGGUAAAAAUGCCAUUUUCAGAGCUGUGGUCAAAGGUGUCCCAGCUCCUGAGGUGAAAUGGUCACGUACACGGAAAGGAAUGGAUGAUCCUGCCAAAUAUGAAAUGUCCUUCAAUAGUGCUACAAAUGAAUUCAUUCUGCAGAUCAAGAGCCUGGUUCAGGAUGACAGUGAUUUGUAUCGCUGCUGUGCUGUCAAUGCCUACGGAGAGGCCUCGUGCUCUGCUGGCCUCAGGAUCAUCCAAGUUGGUUUUAAGAGGAAGGCAAAAUAUGUUCCUGUUCAUGCUGCUGAUGAGCUCAAGAAGACACUCCUGGACUCCAGGAAGAUGCUGAGGAAGAGAGCUGCAGCACCAAAACCAAAGCCCCUGGACAAAGAAGCUGUGUGGCAGCUGCUGCUGCAUGCAGAUAGGAGAGAUUAUGAGAAAAUCUGUAUGAAAUAUGGAAUUGCUGACUUCCGUGGGAUGCUGAGGAAGCUGCAGGAGAUGAGGAAAGAAACAGAGAGUGAACAGGACAAGUUAAUUCACACUCUCAAAAACUUUGAACACAUCAAAGUCAACAAGGAGGGAAAUGCUACGUUCAGCCUGGAGAUGGAGCUGAAAAACAGCAACAGCAACGUUUACCUGCUCAAGGACGGCGAGCGGCUCCGGUACGGGACAGGGGAUGAGUACAGGAAGCACUGCCUGCGCAGAGUUGGGAGGAGGUACUACUUCACUGUCAACGAUGUGCAGCCAGAGGACGCAGGGGUGUACCAGGUCAGGGUGGAGGACGUCCCUGUCUUCUCAACUGAACUGGAUGCUCAAGCCAUCCCGGCGCGGUUCCGGCAGCCGCUCUCCGACGUGCGCUGUGCCGAGGCCGGGGACGCCGAGUUCCAGUGUGUGCUGUGCACGCCCUGCCACCAGCCCCUGUGGCUGCACAAAAGCCACCCCCUCCAGGCCAGUGACAAGCACCAGAUCUCUGUGACACCUGAUGGCCUGACCCACAAGCUGAUUGUCAGGAACGUGGGGCCCUCGGACAGCGGCCUGUACACGCUCGACGCGGGACAGGGCUCCUCCAGCGCCUGGCUCCUUGUGGAGUAUGCCAAAGGAAAGAGGACACAGGAUGAAGGAGAAAAGAUUGAAAGGGAGACAUCUGAGUGGCUGAAAGAAACAAUGGCAGACAACGAAAGGGCGAGGAAGCUUCGGCGCCAAGAACAAGCUGCUGCUGAAGGUCGUCCUUCCUUUUCCACAUCUUCUGGUGUGGAGAAAAGUGGCUGGUCCAGAACAGGCCAAGGCAGCAGUCAAGGCAGGGGCCAAGGACACUCUGUUGAUUCUGAUGAUGGAAGCCAAAGAUUUUUGGGAAAAGAAGGGCUACGCAAAACCCACAUGAAUGGAGAGAUGGGGUCUGGGCAGUUUUCUGGAGCAGGUCUAGAUGGAGACUCAGCAGCCAAUGACAGCAGCAUCUUUGGGCUAAAAGGCUUAGGGGGCAGAAGUGGGUUAAGGGCUGUCCAUGGCAUGGACACUCUGUCAGGCAGAGCAGGUCCAGGUGGUGCAGUAGGAGGGGCAGGUGAAUGGAAUUCUGUGGAUGGCAGAGGUGAAGGUUUGCUGGGUGCUGUUAACGUUGACAUGGAUGAUGGAGAAGGUUUGGGCUCUCAGCAUGACAAGGAUGGGAAUUUAGGUGAUGCCAGUUACAGAGCUGGUUUUGGGGGUUCUGGGAGGUUGGGUGGUGAAAGUUCUGUGCCAGAUGGCCUUGAUCCUGAUUCAGCUGGAGUGGGAGCCAGUGUGGGUGAUCUGUUCAGCAGGACUGGUCCAGGAGCUGGAGGUGGGGGGAAUGCUGCAGGUGCUGGAAUGGCAGGAGGAAUGAGGUCCCACCAUGGCAAGGAUGGGCAUGCCACUGUGGGUGAUAUGAAUGGAGCAGGUGUAAACAGAGAGGGACAAACAGGGACUCCCUAUGGCAAGGAUGGCCUGACACCUCAUGCCAGUGGUCAGUUAGGGCAGACAGGAAGAUCUGGCUCAUUAUAUGGGCCAGGACGCCUUCCAGGUGGAGAUGGGGCUACACCUGGUACAGGUGGCAAUUCUGCAGGAGAAAUGGAGGCUUUGUAUGGUCCAGAUGGUCAGGCACUGGCAGCAGGUGCUGGUGGAGCUGGUGCAGGGGGAUUUGGGUCUCCCUAUGGAAAGGAUGGUCUCCCAGUUGGGGCUGGUUUUGGUGGUGUUGGUGCAGAGGGACUUGGAGCUCCCUAUGGGAAAGAUGGUCUUCCAAUUGGAGCAGGUGCUGGUGGGGCUGGUGGUGCAGGGGGACUUGGAUCUCUCUAUGGGAAGGAUGGUCUCCCAGCUAGGGCUGGUGAUGCUGGUGUAGGAGGAUUUGGAGAGGCUUUGUAUGGUCCAGAUGGUCAGCCACUUGGAGCAGGUGUUGGUGGUGGUGCUGGUGCAGGGAGAUUUGGAAUUCCCUGUGGAAAGGAUGGUCUCCCAGUUGGAGCAGGUGUUGGUGGGGUUGGUGUAGCUGGUGUAGGGGGAUUUGGAUCUCCCUAUGGGAAGGAUGGUCUCCCAGCUGGAACAGGUGCUGGUGGUGCAGGAGGAUUUGGGGAGGCUUUGUAUGAUGGUCGGCCACUUGGAGCGGGUGUUGGUGCUGGUGGUGGUGGUGGUGCUGGUGCAGGGGGAUUUGGAUUUCCCUAUGGGAAGGAUGGUCUCCCAGCUGGAGCUGGUGGAGCUGGUGUAGGAGGACUUGGAGAGGCUUUGUAUGGUCCAGAUGGUCAGCCAAUUGGAGCAGGUGUUGGUGCUGGUGCAGGGGGAUUUGGAAUUCCCUAUGGAAAGGAUGGUCUCCCAGUUGGAGCUAGUGUUGGUGGUUCUGGUGGUACAGGGGGACUUGGAUCUCCGUAUGGAAAGGAUGGUCUCCCAGCUGGGGCUAGUUUUGGUGGUGUUAAUGCAGGGGGAUUUGGAGCUCCCUAUGGGAAGGAUGGUCUCCCAGCUGGAGCUGGUGGAGCUGGUGCAGGAGAGGCUUUAUAUGGUCCAGAUGGUCGGCCACUUGGAGCAGGUGUUGCUGGUGCUGGUUUUGCAAGUGCCAGGGGAACUGGAGCUCCCUAUGGAAAGGAUGGUCUCCCAGCUGGAGCAGGUGCUGGCAUUAGUGGAGCAGGGGGUGUUGGGGGUCCCUAUGGAAAGGAUGGUCUCCCAGCUGGAGCAGGUGCUGGCAUUAGUGGAGCAGGGGGUGUUGGGGGUCCCUAUGGAAAGGAUGGUCUCCCAGCUGGAGCAGGUGCUGGCAUUAGUGGAGCAGGGGGUGUUGGGGGUCCCUAUGGAAAGGAUGGUCUCCCAGCUGGAGCAGGUGCUGGCAUUAGUGGAGCAGGGGGUGUUGGGGGUCCCUAUGGAAAGGAUGGUCUCCCAGCUGGAGCAGGUGCUGGCAUUAGUGGAGCAGGGGGUGUUGGGGGUCCCUAUGGAAAGGAUGGUCUCCCAGCUGGAGCAGGUGCUGGCAUUAGUGGAGCAGGGGGUGUUGGGGGUCCCUAUGGAAAGGAUGGUCUCCCAGCUGGAGCAGGUGCUGGCAUUAGUGGAGCAGGGGGUGUUGGGGGUCCCUAUGGAAAGGAUGGUCUCCCAGCUGGAGCAGGUGCUGGCAUUAGUGGAGCAGGGGGUGUUGGGGGUCCCUAUGGAAAGGAUGGUCUCCCAGCUGGAGCAGGUGCUGGUGGGCCUGGUGCAGGGGCAUUUGGGUCUCCCUAUGGAAAGGAUGGUCUCAUAGCUGGGGCUGGUGAAGGUGGUGUAGGACUUGGAGAAGCUUUGUAUAGUCCAGAUGGUCAGCCACUUGGAGCAGGUGUUGCUGGUGCAGGUUCUGCAAGUGCCAGGGGAAUUGGAGCUCCCUAUGGAAAGGAUGGUCUCCCAGCUGGAGCAGGUGCUGGUGGGAGUGGUGCAGCGGGUGUUGGGGGUCCCUAUGGAAAGGAUGGUCUGCCAGUUGGAGCAGGUGAUGGCAUUAGUGGCUCAGGGGGUGUUGGGGGUCCCUAUGGAAAGGAUGGUCUGCCAGCGGGUGUUGGGGGUCCCUAUGGAAAGGAUGGUCUGCCAGUUGGAGCAGGUGCUGGUGGGGUUGGUGGUGCAGGGGGUGUUGGGGGUCCUUAUGGAAAGGAUGGUCUGCCAGUUGGAGCAGGUGAUGGCAUUAGUGGCUCAGGGGGUGUUGGGGGUCCCUAUGGAAAGGAUGGUCUGCCACUUGGAGCAGGUGUUAGUAGUGCAGGAGGUUUUGGGGGUCCCUAUGGAAAGGAUGGUCUGCCACUUGGAGCAGGUGCUGGUGGGGCUGGUGGUGCAGGGGGUAUUGGGGGUCCCUAUGGAAAGGAUGGUCUGCCAGUUGGAGCUGAUGUUGGUGGGAUUGGUGGUGAAAGAGGAGUUGGAGCUCCCUAUGGAAAGGAUGGUCUGCCAAUUGGGAGUGGUGGUGGUGGUGGUUCAGGGGGAGCUGAGAGUCCCUCUGGAAAGGAUGGUCUCCUAGCUGGAGCUGGUGUUAGUGGUGCAGGGGGUAUUAGGGGUCCCUAUGGAAAGGAUGGUCUGCCAGUUGCAACUGGUUUUGGUGGUAUUAAUGCAGGGGGACCUGGAGCUCCCUAUGGGAAGGAUGGUCUCCCAACUGGAGCAGGUGCUGGUGUUAGUGGUGCAGGGGGAGUUGGGGGUCCCUAUGGAAAGGAUGGUCUCCCAGCUGGGGCUGUGGCAGGAGCUGCUCAUUUUCCUCUUGGAGGGGAGAAAGCGAUGGGAUCUGGCUGUGGCACAGAUGCCACACUGAGCAGAACUCCGGGAUAUGCAGGUGGAGCAGGAGGAGAGGGUUUUUCCAGGGAAGGCUCUGCACUGUGGGGUGCAGGGUCUCCCUGUGGCGAGAACAGAGGGUCAGCUGUAGCCACGGCUGGUGCAGGUGGAGUUGGGAGGUUGGGAGGGGAUGAAUGGGAUUCAGUCCAUGGUAAAGGAGGUGUGGAAGCUGCUGGUGGACCAGGUGGUGAAUAUGGGCUGGAUGCACAUCUUGGCAGAUCUUUGAGAGGUGAAACUGGAAAGGGCACUGCCAGUGAUGUCAGAGGGCCAGGGAACAAAGGUUCAGCUGGUGACAGAGGGUCCCUGUCAGGUCCAGGAGGAGCCAGGGGAGAGGGCAGAGAUUUCAGACAGUUGGACUCCCUUUAUGACACAAAUUCUGCCUUUGGAGAGGCAGGGAGUAAAUCCCAUGACAGAUCUGUUGACGGAAGUAGUUCAGGUGGGUUUGGUCAAGGUCCACUGAGUUAUGGCCAGAUGUCAGGUCCUUUUGGUGGACCUCCUUCAGCAAACCAGAGAAACCAGGAACCUGACCUGGAUCUUAAAGCAAAUGAUUCCCUGAACAACACGGAAAACACAGCACAAAAGAGACGGAGUGUCCUGGAUGAUAUCAAAGUCCCGCGCUGUUACCUCAACAAGCAGCUGGCAACCGUGCGAGUGCUGAAGGGGGACCCAGCUGAGCUGUCCUGCACUGUCAGCAAGGACAACGUGACAGGAACCUGGUUUAAGGAUGGCCUCAAGUUAACAAGUAUGGAUGGAGUUGUCUUUGAAAAGAAAGGUCUUGUCCACAAACUGAUCAUCAACAAGGCUGAAGAUAUUCAUGCUGGGAAAUACAGAUUUGAAGGUGGAGAUGUAAAAACUGAAGCUUCAAUUUUUGUUGAAGAUCCUCCCCAGGUGGACAAAGUUCUCCUCAAGAACUUGACCAGUGUCCCCACAGUGGCCAAGGCCGGGGAGGGAGUGAAGCUGCGGAUCCCGUUCGAGGGCCGGGGGCCCAUCAGGGCGGCGUGGCUGAAGGACAGGAUGGAGCUGGGGGAUGACACCAGGAUCCGUGUGGACAAGACAGACACCUGCACCACACUGUCCAUCUCCAGCUGUGACAGGAGGGACUGUGGGGAUUACAAAGUCAGGCUCAAGAACGACAGUGGUGUCCUGGAGAUCAACCUAAAGCUCGUGGUGAUAGACAAGCCACAGCCUCCAGCAGGACCCAUCAAAAUUGUAGAAAGCUCUGCCAACAACAUCACAAUCCAGUGGAAGCCCCCAAAGGACGAUGGGGGCAAACCAGUGCAAAGGUACCUCGUGGAGAGGCAGCAGGUGGGCAGGAACGACUGGGAGACUUUGGGAGAAACCCCCAGGAGCUGCACCAGCUUCACCACGAGCAAAGUGGAGGAAGAGAUGAGCUACUACUUCAGGGUGAGGGCCGUGAAUGCCGAGGGAGCGAGCGAUGCGCUGGAGUCAGGGGAAGUGAAGGCUGCUGGUAAAGCUUCCCCUGGUGCCCCAGGUCCCCCCGAGAUCAUCAGUGCCAGCAGGGAUUCCAUCACCAUAUCCUGGAAAGCUCCUUGUAAAACCGGCACUUCCCAAAUUAUGGGAUACAUUGUUCAGAAACGCAAGAAGGGCACUGUGACCUGGCUGCCAGUCAACAACGUGCCUGUCAAAGACAAGAAACUGAAGGUGAGCAGCCUCAAGAAGGGUGUGCAGUAUGAGUUCCGCGUGGCAGCUGUCAAUGCUGCUGGCACAGGACAGCCCAGUGACCCCUCAGAGCCUGCCUUGGCCCGGGACCCCACCAAAUCUCCAGGCCAAGUGCAGGGCCUUAAAGUGAGCAGCAGUGACAGCACCAGUGUCACCUUGACAUGGAACAAACCUGAAGUACAAGAUGGGAAUGAUGUGAAAGGCUACGAGGUGGAGAUGAGGCCCUGUAACAGCCUCAGCUGGACCAAGUGCUUCACGCUCCCUGCGGAGAGCACCUCGUGCAGGGUCCAGGGCCUGCGGGCCGGGGAGAAGCUGUUCCUGCGCGUCAGGGCCCUCGGCGACGGCGGCCCCGGGGAGGCCUCGGAGCUCGAGGCGUGUGCUGGAGCUGCUGCUGCUGUGGUCUCUCCCAGGUUACUGAUAGAUGACACAGUGAAAAGCUUCCUGGUUAUAAAAGCAGGGAAUCCCAUCCGGGUGAAGAUUCCCUUUGAGGGAUCUCCCGAGCCGGUGGUGACCUGGUUAAAGGAUGGGCUCCCCCUUCCCAGCCGGGCUGCCGUGAGCACCGAGGAUGGAAGCAGCCAGCUGCUGCUCAGGGCAGCCGAGCUCAGUGACAGCGGCACCUACACUGUGGAGCUUGGGGAUGGGCUGGGCAAAAGGGAGACCUUCAGCUUCCAGGUUCAAAUUACAGAUAUCCCUCAGCCCCCUGGAGCCAUCCGGCUGGAGGAGAAUGUGCCCAACACAGUGACAGUGACCUGGGACCCCUCAGCAUCUGAGCAGUGGGAGAAGAACCUGUAUUACACUGUCCUGAAACGGGAAUCCCAGAAGGGCCUGUGGCAUGUGCUGGGGGACCUGAUCUACAACAACAAGUUCACCUUCACCAGGGUGGUCCCAGGCAGGGAUUAUUACUUCAGGGUUGUGGCAAAAAAUGACCUGGGAGUCAGUGAUCCAUCAGAUACUGUGCAGCCCUGGAGGAUCUGGAAGAAAAAGGCUGAAUUUCGAGUGAAAGCACAGAAAUACAGGGGAGUUAACCAGAACCAGCCCCCGAGGUUCCUGGUGCCCCUUAAGUCUCACGUGGUGGUGACGGGCAGCGAGUGUCACAUGAGCUGUGCUGUUGGAGGCCAUCCCCCACCAAAAAUCACAUGGUACAAGGACAGCAGAGACCUCUCCAGAGAUCCCAACUACUUCUGCACCAACGACUUCGGGGUGUGCUCCCUGGUGGUGCUGGGGGUCACCAAGCAGGAUGAGGGGGAGUACAUGGUGGAAGCCAGCAAUGAAGUGGGCCGUGCCUUCAGCAAAGCCUUCCUCGCCAUCAAAGACUCCUCCCUGUAGCGUGGCCCAGCUGAGAACAUCCCUGCCUGGCUCUGAGGAUGAGAAGGUUCUGGUGAGGACUUGUCCAUAUGAAGGCUGUGCAUUUAUUGUCAGAUGUUCUUCACAGUCUGAGGGUGUUAUUUUUCAGAUCCAGUAAUUGCAUGUUGAACAUGAUGCUGCAUUGCCAUCAAUACUGGGGGAAAAAGCUUUAAGAGCACUGUAUUUUUUUUUCAAUAAUCAGGCUUUCUAUGAGACCUUUAAAACACAGCUUAGAAGUUUCAGGAACACAGAAGAUGAGAGGAAAAAUAAUUGGCCAAAAUGAAACUUUCUGUGGAGAACACAGGUGGAUGGGAGAGAUCAUCCUGCCACAGCACUCACCCACAAUAAGGACCUUUCUGGACAUCAGGGAUCUCUGGUCCUUUCACAUCUGCUUUUUCAAACCAGAACAAUCAUUUUGGAUUCCUUGUGAUUCUUUGCAGGCUUCCCAAAUAUGGCAAAAGCAGUUCUGCAUAUGUUGUACUAUCAGUAGCUGCUAAGUAGAUUAUCUUCCCUAACCCCUAAGUUUAAAAGAUCUGCCUGCUCAUUUUGUCUGGGCAGGAGAUGAAAUCUCAGACUAGCCUGGCAUGGGAUAGGUGAAGCUCCCAGUGCAAAUGCACUGGUAGGAAGGACUGGCAGUCUACAACCCGUGUGUGGGCAGUCUACAACCCAAAACCCACAAAGUGUGCUGUACAAACGCUGUGCCAGUCCUGAAUCACCCCCAGCAUCACCUGUGCAUCCCAACUGCGCUGGUCAUGGCACUGCUGGGAGGCUUUGCCUUGAGCAGAAAGAGGUAAAAAUCCUUUCUGUCUGACCAGAAAUACAAGGGACUCGAGGGACCUCCUGCCACAGCCAGGGGUUCCCAUCACUGGGCCUGGACAGCAAAAUGUUCUGGUGGCUGUGGGAGGGUGUCACAGCCAGAGCACCAAGGGUACUUUGUGACAGGAGAGAGCAGAGCCAAACACAGCUGUGGGGCUGGAAUGUUCUUGAGAUUACAUUUUGUACAAUGUUGUACAGAUGUAGCAGCAGUAGAUAAUGAAAUUAAACCACAAUUCAGUGAAAUCUA